AGGAGGCCAGCAGGGUCAGCCGUAGAGCACCACUGUAUUCAUUUCAUCACUCCCCGUGUUCAAUUCACCACCAUCACUGCCCUUCUACAGCUAGCCUCCCAACCGUGUGGCAUCAAUGGCAUGCGCUGAUGACGAUACCCUCGCGUACGCGCGCACUCGAUGAUAUCGAAGCGGGGAAGAAAAGGACGCAGAUCACACAAGAGACGCGGCCCGGUGCGGAAACCGAACGGGGGUGGGGGUGGCCGCCCACUCUGCGUUUUGCAUCGGUAGAGGCGCGCGGUGGAAAAAGCCGAGCUGGAUGGAUGGAAAGCUCCAAGCUUUUGCCUUGGUUUUCGCUUGCCUGAGCUGAGCCUGAGCCCCCGUCCUUCCCUCCCCUCCCCUCCCCUCGCCUGUAGUCGAUGCACGGCAAGAAGAGCAUGCGAGGUUAGAUCGACGCGGCGGCUUUCCAGGUUCAUCUCCGGCACAGGGAUGGCAAAGGGAGGGAUUUAUCUCUCGUGCUCUGCAUUUGUCUGCGCGCUGGCGUUUCUCGGUGUGGACGGCGAUUUCGUGGACAUUACUUACGUAGCGAGCGCUGUGGGCAAAGGCGCAGUCUGCUUGGAUGGGAGCCCCCCUGCAUACCAUCUUGCCCGAGGUUUUGGCUCCGGCGUGAAUAGUUGGUUGGUUCAUUUUGAGGGAGGAGGAUGGUGCAGUAAUGCGACAACCUGCCUGCAGCGCAAACACACUCGGUUAGGAUCAUCCAAGCAGAUGGCAAAGCAGAUUGCUUUCUCAGGAAUAUUGAGUAACACCCCUGAUUACAACCCAGAUUUCUACAAUUGGAACAAGGUCAAGGUUCGGUACUGCGACGGGUCAUCUUUCACCGGUGAUGUGGAAAAAGUAGAUCCUGCAACAAAGCUUCACUACAGAGGUGCUAGGGUGUGGCAAAUAGUUAUGGCGGACCUGCUUGCCAAAGGAAUGAACAAAGCUGAUAAGGCUCUAAUUUCGGGCUGUUCUGCUGGUGCUUUAACUUCCAUACUACACUGUGACAGAUUUCGUGACCUUUUCCCGUUGGAUGUCAAAGUUAAAUGCCUUUCUGAUGCUGGUUUCUUCAUCAAUGAGAAGGAUAUUGCUGGAGUGGAGUAUAUUGCUGCUUUUUUCAAUGACGUAGUUACAACCCAUGGAUCAGCGAAGAAUUUACCAUCUUCUUGCACCUCCAAUUUACCCCCAGGCAUGUGCUUUUUUCCUCAGAAUGAGGUGAAACAUAUUCAGACACCUUUGUUCAUUCUCAAUGCAGCAUAUGAUUCAUGGCAGGUAAGGAACAUCUUGGCGCCAGGAUUUGCAGACCCUCAUGGUAAAUGGCAUAGCUGUAAGGGUGAUAUAGAGCAAUGUCCUGCGUCACAACUUCAAAUCUUGCAAGGAUUUAGGAAUGAUUUUUUGGAAGCACUGGAGGAACAAGGAAGUCCCUCCACCAGAGGAUUGUUUAUAAACUCAUGCUUCGUGCACUGCCAGUCUGAGAUGCAGGAGAUAUGGUUUGCAUCUGGUGCCCCCAUGCUUGGAAACAAAACAAUAGCAGAUGCAGUUGGAGAUUGGUUCUACGACCGCAGUCCGUUUCAGAAGAUUGACUGCGCUUACCCUUGCGAUUCAACCUGCCACAACCGAAUCUACGACUCAUCAAAAGCAUAGCAAUUACAGAAUCCUCACCUCGUACUACCAUUCAUCAUAUUGUUAUAUUUGAUGCACCAUUGUUGCUCGCAAUAGGGCAAUUGGUGGGCAACCAUUGAUUUCCAGGAAUAACUGUAGAUGAUAGCUUAAAAGCUCAUCUGAUGCCUGGAGGCUGGAUGCAGCGCCUUCUAACGGUAGUUAGACUAGUUACACUAGUUUCAUUCCGUUGUUCGGCAAUAUUUUGCUGUAAUCAUCCACAUGGCCCACACUGAUUUCAGAUACUUCUAAAUUAUAUUUUAUACGUCGAUGCUCUCUUAAUAUUACUAAUUUUUAACCUGAAUUUUAGACGUUUCCAAAUU